AUGAGCAGCCGCUGGAACAUUGCGGAGACGCAUUAUGUAGCAAAGAGGAAGACAGAAAUGGGUGAAAAGUUUGUAAAUAAUUAUCAAAUUUUGCAUACAUUGGGUCAGGGACGAUUUGGUAAGGUAAAACUCUGUGAAAGGCUUGCAAAUAGUGAGACACCGAGCUUUACUUCUACCAAUAACGUUGAGGAUGUGCAUACUGUCUCAAGUGAUGCGCAUAAAACUAGUGACGAUACAAUAACACCAUUAAUACGACCAGUAUUUUCUCCUCCUAAGGCAAGACUGUUUGCAAUGAAGAUCUUCUCCAAAAAGAUGCUACGCCGUCUCAAAGACUACUGUGCGGAACCUGCAGGGAAUCAACUUGGCGAUGACGAUACUAAAAAAGGUGCAGUGCCUAUGAGGAUGCGGGCGGUAACAGCUCUGGACCGUGUUCAUGAGGAGAUUGAGAUAAUGCGCUCGCUUUAUCAUCGCAAUAUUGUGUUGCUGUUUGAAGUGAUUAAGGCGAACGACAGCGACAAACUCUACCUAGUGCUUGAAUACAUGGCAUGUGGCCCAUGUAUGGUCUUUCGACCGGAUACGAAGGACUUUUACAGUCCUGUUACGGGUGGCACGCUACCGGAGGAGCUAGCACGUCAAUAUUUAUCCGACAUCCUUCUUGGCCUGCAAUAUCUGCAUCAAAGACGAAUAUGCCAUCGUGACAUUAAGCCCGACAACGUGCUACUGAAUGAGUCAGGGUGCUGUCACAUUACUGAUUUUGGUUGUGCAAAAGCUCUUAAUGGUGUCACAAAGGAUGAUGGAGUAGGUGGGGCAACACACAUUAAUGCUGAACCAGUGCUACUAUCGGAUACAGUAGGAACCUACCAAUUCUUGGCGCCGGAAUGUUGUUCUGGCGAGCCUUACGACCCAUUUAAGGCAGACAUUUGGGCAGUCGGUAUUGUUUUUUACAUUUUCUUAUAUGGAAGACUGCCGUUUUCAUCUGGAAGCACGCAAGAACUAUUCGAUGAGAUUAUGCGUGCAGAGAUUAUACUCCCUGGUCCAGAAAAGUCUGGCCGACAACUGCCACUUUGUCCUGAAGGCAAAGACUUGCUGCACCGACUGCUUGAGAAGGAUCCAAAGCAACGGAUAUCGAUUGCAGAUGCUCUAAGCCACCCAUGGUUUGUGCAAGAUGAUAUUGAUGAAUCUCUUUCAGUUUGA